CGUGCAUCGUUGUCUCUUCGCCUGCCAUCAUGUUCCACCGACGAAGUAGUGUCCAAUGCUUUUUCUGCCACACGACGUUGCCCAUUCCAAAGGAUCCAAGAAAUUUUCGUUGCAACAACUGUACCUGCUGGAAUCGCUACGAUACCAAGGGCGAAAUUUUGUCCUCUGAGCCUGCCAUGCACGACGAAUCCCUCAACUUGCGGUCGUUCUCAAAGCGGGCCUCUCCCAACAAGGAACGUUUACCUACAAUGUACGGAAAAGGCCCAUUCUGCCAUACUUGCCAAACAAAUCAGAUGCUCUUGGUCAAUCUCUUGUCAAAUUAUCUGCCAAAUCCAGAUAGUGCUGAAUACGAACGCCGCGUCGAAAUGCUCCCAGAGUACAAGGAGUCUUUGCAUAUCCGCUAUCCACCUGUCUGUGCUAAUUGUCUUCCUGCUGUCGAAGACGAGAUCCAGGCCAAGGACAAGAUGGCGCGUGUAAAUGCUCUUGGAAGGUUCCUAAAGAACACCAAGGGUAAAGAGCAGACACGUCACGUUUCAGCGCCCGAGCUGACGAAGGAGAAGCUUACCUUGGGGAUGUUGAUGUGGAGGUGUCGAGGUUGUUUGUGGGGCACGUCGCUACUGACUACUCUUGUUGGAUAUUCUGCUCCAUUGCUCAACUUGUCAGUCCCAUUGUCGGAUAUACUUCACCCUCCUAUGCUGCCGAUUGUGGCAUUUCUAUCAGUCUUCUGGACAUUCUGGGACCCCACCUAUUCCUCCUUGCAAAGGGCCUAUAGAGAAGGCCGCAACGUACGAAUACAGGGGAAGAAGAACUACAUAGCGCUGCAAAUGGUUUCAUGGAUAUCUCGAAUAUUUACGUCAAUUUCGGUGACCCUAGCUUGGUAUCUGCCACAGGCAAACUAUCUACAUUUACUAGAGACGCCUAUUUCUUCUCGGGCUCGCACCUAUUAUAUGAUCUCUCUGAUGCUGGAGCUAUCUGUCUUCAUAUCUUCUUACUUCGUGCUCCGAUUACAGCAACCACCAGCUAUCCGUUUACUUGAACUGAACCAGUUACCCUCCCGAGCCCCUACACCUAAUCUUAACGCAUCUCGGUCCAACACUCCACUCACCCCACCAAUCGUUAACGACAGCGAUUUGCUUGCCUCUCUCACACUCUCAUCGAAACCUGUUAUCGCCAAACCUCCCGUUUUUGGCGUUCCGUCUCUUCGUACCUCGGCCCUUCAUUCUAAUGCUCACCAACCGGAGACCGAUGCUGAUGAAAUGGAUUGGACGCCUACGAAUGGGCAAAGGGAGAAGCCUAAACCAUAUGACGACUCCUCUUUUCUUCAUCCACAGAAGUUCUUUGCUCCAGAGAACCCCACAGGGCUGGAAAGCUUAUUUGAGAGUACACGACUUGUUGAUGACGUUACAAUGAAUGAGCCAGCACCUGAGAGCGCGCCGACCCGGUCGAGCUUUGCGAUCGCUCAUUUGUGGAGCUGGGGAUGGGUUUAUCUGUUGUCUACACUGCCGUUUGCAGGAUUUUUUUUGUUCCAGCGGUUGUACGACAAGAGAGAUAGUGGUCUUGCGCCGACCAGUGUGCAUGAAGUGACACCGCAAUAUCCCAUACACGACGUACCCAUAGCGUUGAAUAUCUAAUAUAUUGUCUACAGUUAAGGCCCAAAUACAUCGUCCAGAAAAGCGUUGGACAAAGCAACGCAUUGUUGAUAAACUUUCUCAAAGCCAUU